UGUAUCCGUAAGAAGUUUAGUGUGUACCCUCGACAUUUUUUUUGUAAAUGUAUAACAACUUCUUUGUUUGAAAACAGAAAAGUGUUGUUUAUGAACAGGUUGGUGCCAUUUGGAAAUGGUAAUUCUGUUACACAACAACUUAUUGUCAGAGAUCAGAUACAGAGAGCCAUCAUCCCUUUUUACAACACUGCUGUUGAAUAACGACUCAGUGUCCAACAAUAUGCCGUUCUUCUACAACAAGUGUUGCUAAAAAACUUAACAGGAUAUAUGCUGUUAAUUAACAGCAUCUUUUCUAUCAGUGUGGGCAGCGUCACGGCAGACAUCCCGUUCGCCCACGUGGCCUUCGACGGCCUCAGGCAGGGCGAAUCCAACGACCUGCUGUUUUACAAGAUUGAACCUGAUGCACUGCGAAUGGCAAUCCUGUGGACUUGGCAAAAAUACAAGCGUCCUCUCCUCGUGACGGAAAACGGUCUGGGCGACGCCAUGCACCUUGGGAAGCAUGAUGAAAUGCGAGCCGCCUAUCACAGCGCCUACUUGCGGACGCUCGUGAAGACAGUGAAGGACUUCAGCGUUGACAUUAUUGGAUAUUGCGCGUGGAGUCUCAUCGACAGUUUCGAGUGGAGUGCUGGUUACAAGCGCCCCUUCGGCCUGGUACACGUGGACUACGAGCACGGCACUUUGGAUCGGAGCCUGAAAGACUCGUCCAGCUUCUGGAUCGAAAUGGCGGAGACGGGUGUCGUGCCGCUCGCGAGGGAGCCAACUUCUUCGACGCCAUCGUCCAACAGCCCUGCUGCCGCAAUUUGGACACUAGCCCUCUCUGUAUUUUUGACCCUCUUUCGACAUUAAAUGAU